AUGUUUCGGAAUGCCUAUCAACAGGGAUUCCUAACCGUUCUAUACAGUGUGGGUAGUUCCCCAUUGGAAAAGUGGUCAACCUAUACUAAAAAUGGUUAUAUAAAGCGCAUUUAUGAUGAAGAUAUCAAAUCUUUAGUCUUUGAAAUUAUGGGAUCGAAUGUCUCAACUACUUUUAUACAUUGUCCCAAUGACUGUAAGGAGCAAUUGGGCGUUAAGUUGCCCUUUUUGGUAUUACUUAUUAAGAAUAUGCAUAAAUAUUUUUGUUUCGAAGUUAAGAUCCAAGAUGAUCAACGUUUUAUGCGACGUUUUCGUGUAUCAAAUUUCCAGAGUAAGACCUCUGUGAAACCUUUCUGUACAGCCAUGCCAAUGGGCAUGUCACCGGGUUGGAAUCAAAUUCAAUUCAAUUUGGCCGAUUUCACUCGUCGUGCCUAUGGAUCGAACUAUUUGGAGGCUGUCUCCUUGCAGGUUCAUGCCAAUGUGCGCAUACGACGCAUUUAUUUUACUGAUAAAUUGUACACAGAGGCUGAGUUACCCAAUGAUUAUCGUUUGAUGGGCAAACCCAAGGAUUUGAAGAAACCGGAAAAACAAUUCAAGGUUCCACCAGCGGCUCGACCACCAUCACCGCUUAACACGGCACGUGGACAAAAUGCCGGGGCCAAAGUGAAGGCAGCUCACGCAGAGGUAGUCCAGGAUGUGGACGGUGAACCUGUUGUAGUCGAGAUGAAGAAAUCACCGCCACAGAUUCUUUCACCUGGUAUCUCGGCUACUGGACCAUCGGAGGUAGUCGCCACAAUUGGGUCUCCGGCUGCGGAAGAGGCAACUGAGGGCCAAACUGAGAUCACCGAGGAUGCUUAUUAUUAAGCAAAAUUUUUAUUAUUUCUCGUUUUUAAUUUAUUUUGUUAUUGUUAACGAUUUUACUGCUACUACUACGUAGAGAGACGGAAUAAUCGAAAUUUCCAGUCCAUUAUUAUUGAUUAAAGCAGAAUAUAUCUGCAAUGGUAAUCUCUGUGAUUAUCAUCUGUAAAUGUGAGAAUUAAA